UUGGAUUUGGUUAGCUCGACACAUCGUGAAUCGUGCCGAAACUCUUUUCUCUUACCGACCUUUUGCGCUCACGCGUGGCACGUGUUUGAUACACAUUGCGACAUUGCACAAUCCAAACAAAAAUUGAGUCAUCUUCGAACGUCAGGUUAAAGUUCAAGCCGCUAAAAUGAAUUCUCAAAUGUCUGCAAAGGAGAUCCGAGAUGCAUUUAUCAAUUUCUUCAAAGAUAAACAACAUACUUAUGUACAUUCUUCAUCAACUAUUCCACUGGAUGAUCCUACAUUGCUAUUUGCCAAUGCUGGCAUGAAUCAAUACAAACCCAUUUUUCUGGGAACUGUUGAUCCAAACAGUGAUAUGGCUAAAUGGACUCGUGCAGUGAACACACAGAAAUGCAUUAGAGCUGGUGGCAAGCAUAAUGAUCUGGAUGAUGUAGGCAAGGAUGUAUAUCACCAUACAUUUUUUGAGAUGUUGGGAAAUUGGUCAUUUGGUGAUUACUUCAAGAAGGAGAUUUGUAAAUGGGCUUGGGAAAUGUUGACUGAAGUUUUUAAACUUCCUAAAGACCGUUUGUAUGUUACUUAUUUUGGUGGUGAUGAAAAAUCUGGAUUGAAACCUGAUGAGGAAUGCAAACAGAUUUGGUUGGAUUUGGGUAUCAUUCCAUCUCACAUCAUACCUGGCAAUAUGAAAGACAAUUUCUGGGAGAUGGGAGAAACUGGUCCUUGUGGUCCAUGCUCAGAAUUGCAUUUUGAUAGAAUUGGUGGGAGAGAUGUGCCACACUUGGUUAACAUGGAUGAUCCAGAUGUGCUGGAAAUUUGGAAUUUGGUUUUUAUCCAAUUCAAUAGAGAAUCUGAUGGUAGCUUGAAUUUGUUGCCUAAGAAGCACAUUGAUUGUGGUUUGGGUCUAGAGCGACUGGUGUCUGUAAUUCAAGAGAAACGUUCUAAUUACGACACCGAUUUGUUCCGUCCAUUGUUCGACGCUAUUCAGAAGGGUACCAACGCUCCAGCUUAUCAGGGACGCGUUGGGGAUGCGGAUGCCGAUGGUAUUGACAUGGCUUAUCGAGUUCUGGCUGAUCAUGCUAGAACUUUAACCAUUGCACUUAGCGAUGGUGGGAAUCCCGAUAACACUGGAAGAGGAUAUGUCCUACGUCGUAUUCUCCGUCGUGCUGUUCGUUAUGCGACUGAAAAACUUAACGCAAAGCCAGGAUUUUUUUCAACACUUGUUCACACUGUGGUAGAAAUCCUUGGUGAAACAUUCCCUGAAGUCCGCAAGGAUCCCCAGUCCAUCAUCGAUACAAUUAACGAAGAAGAGGAGCAGUUCUUGAAAACCCUUUCGCGUGGUCGUAAUUUGCUCAACAGGACCAUUGGCAAGCUGGGUGAUAACAAAACACUUCCGGGUGAUGUCGCUUGGCGACUCUACGACACCUAUGGUUUUCCUGUUGAUCUUACUCAAUUAAUGGCUGAGGAAAAGGGCCUCACCGUUGAUAUGCCUUCGUAUGAGGAAUCUAAGAAAGAAGCGCAAUUGGCAUCCCAAGGUAAAGGAACCGGUGUGGAAGACACUGUCAACUUGGACGUGCAUGCUAUUACUGAAUUGCAGAAUAAAGGCGUGCCGGCUACAGAUGACUCGCCUAAGUAUAAAUAUAUGGCUGAACAGGAUGUCAAUGCUGAAUACAAUUUCGAAAACUGCGAAGGCAGUGUUAUUGGUCUGAGGUACAAUAAGCAGUUUGUUCAGGAAGUCACCACUGGAAUGGAAUGUGGCGUUUUGUUGGAUAAAACAGCCUUUUACGCGGAACAAGGUGGUCAAAUAUUUGAUACUGGUUUCAUGGUUAAAGUGGGCGAUGAUACGGUUGAGUUUUCUGUGAAGAACGUUCAGGUUCGUGGAGGAUAUGUUGUUCAUAUCGGUAACAUCGAGGGAACACUUAAAGUAGGCGAUAAAGUUGCAUUACAUGUGGAUGACUCUCGCCGUAGACUAGUUAUGAACAAUCAUACUGGGACGCACAUCUUGAAUUACGCGCUACGUAAAGUUUUGGGCACCGAAGCAGACCAAAGGGGAUCUCUGGUAGCCCCCGACCGUCUUCGGUUUGAUUUUACCAACAAAGGAGCUCUGUCUGCCGAGCAGGUCAAAAACAUCGAGCUGAGCUCAAACGAUUUAAUCGGUAAAAACCACGAGGUGUUCGCUAAAGAAUCAAGCCUGGUGGUAGCAAAAACAAUCAAAGGUUUGCGCGCUGUCUUUGAAGAAACCUACCCUGAUCCGGUCAGAAUUGUCUCGGUUGGUGUUCCUGUUGAAAAACUUGAAGCUGAUCCUUCAGGGCCGGCUGGAGCUAAUACAUCAAUUGAAUUUUGUGGUGGUACGCACUUAAAAUUCGCUGGCCACAUCGGUGAUUUUGUCAUCUCUAGCGAGGAAGCGAUCGCCAAGGGCAUCCGGCGUAUUGUUGCCCUAACCGGCCCGGAAGCUGCCAAAGCUUUGAAACGUUAUGAAGUUUUGGACAACGAUUUAAAGAACAUUAAAAACGCAAUCAAAGCCGAUUCUGCUGGUGCUAAACAUAAAGAGUUAGUGAAGUCAAUCGUAGGCUUGACUGAAGAAGUCUCCCAUGCCACGAUCUCUUACUGGCGCAAAGACGAACUCCGCAACGAGUUGAAGAACAUGAAGAAGACCUUAGACGAUAAAGAACGCGCCGACAAAGCUGCAAUUGCUAAUAAGGUCGUAGAGGAGAUCAAGAAUUUGGUUACCGAGAAACCCAACCAGCCUAUUUUGGUUAAGCAAUUAAACGCCUUCUCUAACACCAAGGCGCUGGAUUCUGCUCUCAAACAAGUAAAGACGCUCAGUCCUGAAACAGCUGCGAUGUUCGUCAGUGUCGAUCCAGACACUAAUAAAAUUUUCUGUCUCACGUCCGUUCCCAAACCAGCGCAAGAGAAAGGAUUGAAAGCAAACGAAUGGGUGAUGUCAGUCGCACCGACGAUGGGUGGCAAGGGUGGUGGUAAGCCUGACGCCGCUCAGGCUUCUGGUAGUAAUGCUGGUAGCGUUUCUGAGGUUCUGGCAUUGGCAGAGAAGUUCGCGCAAAGCAAACUCAACUGAACCAGCUGCAUUUUAACUUGACAUGUAAGUGCUGGUUGAUACUUGUUACUUUUACAAGUACGUAUCAUAUUUAUAUACAUUUACCAGAAACAAUUUCUAAAAUUUCGAAAAGAUAAAAAAUUUAAAAAUCUA